AGGGGAGGAUACCCCCAGCACUCGCACGCGUGCACGCACGCCAGGUGUUUGUUUCUACGCCUGUGGGGGCCCAAGUAUGGCCACCCCUCUUUUGGCGUAGUUUUAGGAUGCGUCCUCCAGAAAUGCGACUCUCGCGAAUCGUGAGGCGCCGUCCGUAUGCAACGGGUUCGGUGUGUGAGGAUGCCACUGCGAUGGUUUCCUCUGGUUUGACUACAAAUGUUGUGCAUGAGGUCACCUGUGCGACUGAGCCAAUUGUGUCCUGCAGAAAUAAUGGCUUUGUAUUUCUUUACAAGGUUUUUCUUGUUUUCGAAAUACGGAGUAGAAGAUGGAUCAUUCUCUACUUUAUAUUUCAAAACCCAGCGAAGCCUGGUUGGCAAAGCCAAGCGCAAAGCAAACUUGCAGCGGCCACCGCAUUCUUUACAAGAUGUACCAUAGCGUCUAAUAGGUCUGAGCAUUGUUACAUAUGACGAAACACAUUAGCUCCAUCCAGUGCUCAUUUUCUAGGUUCAGAACUCAGGAAACCACAUAACUGGAUCAUGCUACCGUAUUCAUCACAUGACAAGCUUUUGUCUGAAUGAUACAUGAAAACCCGUGUUCCAUUGGUUUCCUAACAUCUAACUGGAUCAUAGCAAUGCUUAUGAAUUGUUUAUUGUAUUCAUGACAAUGGCAUAUCUCACAAGUGUUCUUAUGUUCGUUUCAGUAUUUGAGAUCUUACGCUUAGCAUAGAGUUAAAAUAUGCUAUCUGUAUGAUUCCAAGUUCAAUCAAUUUUUUUUCUAGAAUCCCGAGUUCAAUCGGUAAUCUGAACCUUUGGAAUUUGAAACACUUAAGUCAGCAAGACAGCUAUCCAGAUUGAUUCCCAAACAAAUGAAUUCAUGUUCUUGAAUCAUGCCUGUCCAUUGCUUAAUCAGUUAAUUCUAUCAUUGUUACAAACCAGUGUACUAUUUGGCUGUCUACAAAAGAUCGGACCACAUAUUCUGUACGCAGAUGGAACAUCAUAGCUUUGGGAUCUGCUGGAUUCUUAUUCUAUUCUUAUCUUUUUACUUCGUCUCCUCUUCCUGACCUCUUCUCAGUCUUUUUAUCAUGUCUUAUCAAGGAAUCAUUCUUUAGCUCCUACGCCACACAUCCAUUAUCAGGUACCUUUUCCUGUGAGAUUCCCUACUUUUUAACAAGUUCACGUGUUUUAGAAUCCAACAUCUCAGAUGCUAUAUUUGAUGAUUGUUUUAUUCUUAUGACAUCACCAUCACUAGAUCCAUGUUUGUUUUUAGAGAAAUCACCUAUUACAUUCUUUGGCGAGUGUCCGAAGAUUAAGACAUCGGCAUAUGCUCCCUCUGUUGGACUCUUAAAAAUUGAUCUUUGACCACAAAUUUCUCAUACAAUACAUUGCUCAUAAUUCCAAAAUCAUAAUCACAGGAAAGUUAUUUUUCAAUACGAAUUAAAGUCUAAAUUCUGUGUGGCACAACUCACGUAUUGUUGGACUAACAGCUGGUUAAAGAUCAAUUCUGCAUGGUAAAAAUACAUCCUAUAUUUAUCAACAGAGGGUAUGCUAUUCGGUCUGACAAGAUUAUAAGAUAUUUACAUAAACCCUACCUUUUGCAUUCCUAAGGGCAUAGUUUGGACCUCUAUCUUGAUCCGUGGUCAUUCCUGUGAUGCGACACCUCCAUUUAUGCGACUGUGGAAUUUGGUGCGCUUCAGCAUAAACUUUGACUGUUUGUUUCUCCGUCCAUCACAUAUCAUGGCAGGCUGACAGGUGUAGUGAGUCGUAAUUCUGUUGGUCAACAUAAAUUCCAUUUAGAUAUAGAUAUAGAUUCGAAGAAUGUUAUGAUUCUCUCCCCCUUUCAUAGAAAGGGAAAAUAAUUGAAGCAAAUACCUUCCUUUGAAGACUGAAAAGAGGGUAUCGAGGUAAGGGUGUGACAUAAUAAAGGUUCAAGUUGAUAUUUGGGUCUAAUUUUGUUUAGUACCAAAUUUAAAUUCGUCGAGAAGAGAUAGUAAAGAGGUGUAUCCCACUUGGAUGUGAAUCCUAGCUACUAGCCUGGUGGGGGCCUUUUCCAUCAUCUCAAAUCCACCUGUCCACACCUUGGGAUGAUGAGAACUCGAACCAAAUCACAUGAAAGAUCCGCAUACACACAAAAACCUUUAGCAUUUGCUGACGUGACUUAUGCAUAGGCGCAGUGGUGUUCCGUACCUUCAUGGGAUAAUCUACUUUUGAACCAGUUGACCUUUUCCUUCCUCAUAAAUCUCUCUUGUUAAAAGCUUCCAAUGUCUGCCUUUGGAGGCUUGCGGCAUCUUUCUAAAUGUAAAUAGCCAACAGAGAACAUCAGAAGGCAAGAGAAAAUUAAUGCUUCUUCCAAUGAAUACUAUUAUAAGUAGUUAGUAGUUAUCAUUUUAUUCUUACUAUCUCUGUAUGUUAUUUUCUUAAGUUCAGUAGUAAGUGCUGGUUGACAGGCUAUGUUCUGACACUUGUAUGCCCAAGAUUUGUGUCGAGUAAAGAUUAGAUGAAGCAACUUGGGGCAAGCUUAAAAAAGCCAGAAGCAACUUGGUGUCAAGAAUCCCAAAUCUAAUUAUUCCACUUCAUUAUACACUAGAUCUUGCCAAUCUAUUUUUAUUGCAUGAAACUUGUACUAUUAAAGCAGCUGUUCUAAUACAGUUUCUAGCAAUGAGACGACUGUACAAUAUGUCCAGUUCUGCCAUCAUAUUCUCAAAGUGGAUAGGUACUAGGGACAGGUAUUUCUUUGUGUUAAAUUAUUAGACCACAGACCACAGUUGAAUAGUACAUCCCAUCUGCAUGACAUUCUUUUCUGUCCAUCUGAAACCAUAUACCAUCACUGAUUAAUCGAGUAGAAAUAUCAUGGAAGAGUUAGGUGCUCCUAUCCUUUUGACCUAAUAAUGGCUCCUUUUCCCUGUGUUACAGAAAGACAAAGAGGCAUAUAUUGGUGUGUGUUUUCAAUUAGAUAUUUGAAUAUCUUUGUUACAGUGGGGAGGUCGUCGACACAAAUUGUUAGUCACUAGCUUUUCCUUGUACUUGCUAUAUUCACUAUUCAGGGCAAAUAUCUUCUGCUACUAAACAUCAUUGUUUUAAGUGAUGUUGCAAAUUGUAUGUAGUUUGUACAGCCAAUUACUUGUGACUGCAAAUUGGUGGACAGCACCUUUGUUCAAAACAUUCCGUAAGUUUGUAACAUCGACAGGGAUGUUGCAUGCUUCUAUCCUGGCACAAAUGGCCUUGUGAUAUUUUUUUAGGUACAACUAGUUAUGGUUAGGAUGCACUCUAGGCCUCCUGACCACUAGCUUUGCCUGCACUUACCCCUCUUCUUGUGACCUUUUUGCUUCUUUGUAGAGCUGUGUGUGUAGGCUUGUUGCUUUGCUUGUCUGGUUUUGUUAGCCUAGGUUGCUUUGUAUAUUGUGGUUUAAUUGGCCUGGUAAGUUUUUGCAUCUUCUCAGUGUGCUUCUUCCAAUACAAAACGACACAGAUGUUGAUGUGAGUUUGAGAAAAGAGUUGUGGUAAGUACCAAAGGCACCCUUAGAGCAUGGUUUCAAGUUUCAACAUAGAAAAAAAAGCAAGAAUAAAGGAUAUCUAUUAAGAUUGUGGGAUGAAAUGAAAUGACAAAGGCCUAGUCUCCCAGCAAAUCUGAGUGAUUCUAAUUCCUCCCUACAAAUUUAAUACACACUAGAUUAGUGUGGUGAGUCGAUGAAAUUUCUCGUGGCUCCCUCCUACAUAGGCUUGUCAACUCAUUGCCUACUGCUAACACAAAUCAACACCCACUCAAUACUGGGUAUUGUUGGUUUCCUCCUCUAUAUAAAUAGCACAUCUACGCUCACUCUUUGUUCCACAGAAACACGAGCAGCCACAAGUAGUGCCCAUUACUAGUCCCCUGACCUUUCUUGGAAAAUUUCUCCCUGCUGGGGAAACAGUAAAAGGGGAGGAGAAAAGGAAAAAUAGAGAGAUAUGAGUUCAUCGUGGACAGCAAAACAGAACAAGAUCUUUGAGACGGCGCUAGCGACGUAUGACGAGGACACGCCAGACCGCUGGCAGAAGGUGGCACGAGCAGUCGGUGAUGGGAAGUCAGUCGAUGAAGUGAAGAGGCACUAUGAAGAGCUGCUGAAAGACCUGCAUCACAUUGAGUAUGCAGGAGGCCGCCGCGGAUCCCUCUACAACAUCUCCGGCGCUAGCAGUAGCAACGGCAACUCCUGGGGCAGUGCCAAUGAGGACCACAGGAGAAGGUACCUCAAUCCUCAGUGAACGCGAUCUUGGAGGAGCUGAUCCGAAGCCUAUUGCAGCGGCGCUCUUACCAGCAAAGCCGAAACAUAACCGAGUCUCCCUGAGAUUACGUUUACUAUAUAUUUUUUGAGCUUAUGUGCUCUUGCGUUGUAUGUGUGUGUCGUCAUAGGUAGUAGACUUUCUACCAAAAGAAGAUGGGCACUAGACUUGUGUAGUGGUUUGAUGAAAAACUUCUAGCUGAGGUCGGGAGGGAGCGUGUGCUCCGGGCUUAAAAUAAAAAAUGGAUCCACACUGUUAAAAUUCUUGAAAAAAGUCAGACAUAUACUUGAAGUAUUGCAGCAUGUCUCUGCCAAGUUUGGUGCAAAAGGAA